AAAAAAUAUGGGCAUCGGGGUAUGAAAUGGGAAAUCACAAAGGUCAGGGCCUAAUAAACCGUUGCUGGUUCUCUUUUUCCCUUUCAUCAACCACCUCUCUGCCUCUCUCUCAUUGUUAGAGAUUCAAAGCAUGACCAGCUCCUCCGCCACCGCCCGCAAGGCUCUGAGUAAGAUUGCUUGCAAUCGCCUUCAGAAAGAACUCGUAGAGUGGCAGGUCAACCCUCCUGCUGGCUUCAAACACAAACCCACCGAUAAUCUCCAAAGGUGGGUAAUUGAAGUAAGUGGUGCUUCUGGAACCCUGUAUGCGAAUGAGACCUACCAACUUCAAGUUGACUUCCCAGAGCAUUACCCUAUGGAAGCACCUCAGGUUGUUUUUCUUCAUCCGGCUCCACUGCACCCACAUAUUUAUAGCAACGGCCAUAUUUGUUUAGAUAUAUUAUAUGAUUCAUGGUCCCCUGCCAUGACUGUUAGUUCUGUCUGUAUCAGCAUUCUCUCAAUGCUUUCAAGCUCAACUGUGAAGCAACGGCCUGAAGACAAUGAUCGCUAUGUAAAGAACUGUAGAAAUGGCAGAUCUCCGAAGGAGACUAGGUGGUGGUUCCACGAUGAUAAAGUGUAAUAAUGGAGAUGUCUCCGUGCACAUUAGUUAAAAUAAUUAUAGUAGAUGGCCUUUUUUUCGAAAGGACACUGAAAGCAUAAGGGGAAGCAUUCUGAAACAAAUUCAUUCUGAAUGUGCAUUAUUACCUUCUGUAAAUGGCAGUGCCUGGUGUGUAAAGGAAGAGGGACGAUGUUUUUUGUUUUAGUAAAAUGAGGAACAAACUUGUAAGGCAGCACAUGAUUGAAACAUUUAAAUCCUCCUAUAAUCAUUUCCUUUUUUUGUGUC